GCGCAACCACCCGAGAAACCACGCAUCAUCAGGACAAUUGCAGGAAACUGCGGGCAAAUCACAGCUGAUAUGGGUUCUUGCACUACGAGAUCACCAUGCCUCCUCUCUCUUCUUGCUUCCUCCUUGCUGCUCCUCUGCUCCGGAGAGAAAACGUGUCCCUUAAACUGCCGCUGUGAGGGUAAAAUUGUCCACUGUGACUCUGUGUCUUUCACCGACGUCCCAGAGAACAUUUCGGUAACUUGCCAAGGUUUGUCUCUGCGCAACAAUGAACUGCACACGAUGCUCCCGUACCAGUUUGCCCACCUCAACCAGUUGCUUUGGCUGUACCUGGACCACAAUCAGAUCUCGUUCGUGGACAGCCGGGCUUUCCAAGGCAUACGACGCCUAAAGGAGUUGAUUUUAAGUAGCAACAGGAUCUCACAACUUCAUAACGCUACAUUUCAUGGCAUUCCCAACCUCCGCAGCCUGGACCUGUCUUACAACAAGCUCCAGGAACUGCAGCCGGGGCAAUUUCACGGGCUUCGUAAACUCCAGAAUUUGCAUCUGCGCUCGAAUGGACUCACGACGAUUCCCAUCCGGGCUUUUAUAGAGUGCAGAAGCUUGGAGUUCCUGGAUCUGGGAUAUAAUCGACUACGUGUCCUCACGCGUACCGCGUUCUUGGGUCUGUCUCGCCUGAUGGAACUGCACCUGGAGCACAAUCAGUUCUCACGGAUCAACUUCUUUCUGUUUCCACGCCUGGCGAACCUCCGCGGCUUGUACCUCCAGUGGAAUCGUAUCCGCGCGGUCAACCAAGGCCUCCCGUGGAUUUGGUAUACUUUGCAAAAGCUGGAUCUCUCCGGGAACGAGAUCCAGAGUCUGGAUCCGGUUGUUUUUCAGUGCUUGCCGAAUCUACAGGUUCUUAACUUGGAGUCUAACAAGCUGGCUAAUGUGUCACAUGAGACGGUGGCAGCCUGGAUAUCCCUGUCUCAGAUCAGCCUGGCUGGAAACGUGUGGGACUGCGGGCCGGGAAUUUGUCCGCUCGUUGCUUGGUUGAAGGACUUCCGAGGAACUAAAGACACGAGCAUCAUUUGCAGUAGCCCCAAACACCUUCAAGGGGAAAAAGUCAUGGAGGCGACCAAAAAUUAUAUAGACUGCGAGGAUUUUGAAAUAAUUCCCCAGACACCUUAUUCUCACCAGAAUUUCGAGUCGACUAUGGAGACAACAGCCGAACCGUUUCUGCCUCCUACGACAACCUCCCUACCCUUUCCUACUCCUGGUUCUGAAGCACCUGUUCCUCCACUGCUAUUCCAACCUCAACCUUAUCCUACCAUCCCCAGUCUUACUGACCCUGACACCCCUACGCCCCCCGACAGCAUGCUCGUGACUUCAUCCCCAGACCAAGAGAACUUAUCCUUCCACAAGAUUGUCGUGGGCGGAGUGGCGCUUUUCUUCACCACAUCGCUGGUCCUGACGUUGAUCUACGUCUCCUGCAGACGGUACCCCGGUGCCAUGAGGCUGCUGCAACAGCGCUCGGUCGUCGGACGUAAGCGCCGGAAAAAGAGUCCAGAGCCAGAGCAGAACCUGAGCUCGCAAUUGCAGGAAUAUUACAUGAGCUACAACCCCGCUGCCACACCGGAAGCCAUGGACGUACUGGCCAAUGGGACUGGUACUUGCACCUGUACCAUAUCCGGCUCCAGGGAAUGCGAGAGUGAAUACAUGUGUCCCCGACCGCUCCCUCGUGCCUGGAUCGGAGACCUACCCACGAUUCACUAG